UUUAAAGUUAACGUGCACUUACUGUUCCUUCAUAAACAAACCAUGCUUUGCUGAGGUCCAAGCUGGUGCGCACAGACGCGCAGCCUGUUACCGACCGGGGGAGGGUCUUCACUGGCAAUAUGUUGCAGGUCUGUCUGGCAGACGACGCGGAGGAGAAAACAGCCACUUUCCAUCAGUAGUGACCACAUAUUUGGAUGUUUUAGCAGCUGGAUCCUGUAAUGGUCUUCUUACACCUGACUGAUAAUAAGAUACUGCCUUCACGUGCUCAUAGGAAAAUGUAAAGGGGACUUAAAGAUGGCACAACUCAUCCUACUCUAACUGGAGACUAAUCAUUCAUAUGAGGGCGCUGGGUUUCUGCCACAGCUGUGUGCUGUGCUGGUCCAGCUGCAAUAAGAAGGAGCCCCAAGGCAGAGCCAUGGGCUGUGGGGGAAGCAGGAUGGAUGCUCUGGAGCCACGCUACAUGGAGAGCUGGACUAAAGAGACCGAGUCGACGUGGCUGACGAGCACAGACACUGACAUCCCCCUGUCGUCCAUCCAGAGCAUUCCCUCUGAGAACUCUGAGCCCAGUUUCACUUCCGAGAAGACAAGUUGCCCUGUUCCUGACUUCUUCGAAGACAGCCUCCCUCCUCCUGCUCAGGCGUACCUGAAGGUCUGCUCGGCUGUGUCUGAAGCCAGUCUGAACGACGUGAAGCCCAGCAGCCCCCCUGAAAUACUGGCCUCUCCACCCAAGGAGGAGGUGUUACCUUCAUCUGGCACCACAGUGCAGCGCCGGAGCAUUCUACACACUGAAGAGAUUACAAAAUGGCAGGACAAACGGAUGUCGACCAAGCAGGUGACCAUCACAGUGACACAGAGCAUCCAUCAGGUGGACAAGAAUGGGAAGGUGAAGAAAUCGCUCACAACUUACGAGGUUAUGAAUCCUGUGGAAGCUUUCAAACAGGUGGCCACACAAAAUACUUGAGUGCAGGAGAGUUUGGAAGAAGUAAAAGAAAGAAAAAUGAUGACGGUGAAAUGAACUGAACCUGUUUUUGUGUACAAAACC